AUAUCCGAACUCAAAGGACACCAAAUUGCAAAAUGACAAAUUGUCAUUGAUGACUGAUUAGCUACUUUCCUUUUGACGUUUCCAAAACUUGGGACACGCGAACGUAGGCAGAGUUUUGCCAGCGUUCGCUUAAUUUAUUAGUGAUGUCUCGGAAAAAAGCUUUUGAAGAGACUGACAAACUCACUCGUAUCGCGAUCGUGAAUGCCGAUCGUUGUAAGCCAAAAAGAUGUAGGCAAGAGUGUAAGAAGAGUUGCCCAGUGGUGCGUAUGGGCAAGCUCUGCAUUGAGGUGACUCCCAACGACAAGAUCGCAACGAUAUCAGAAGAGCUUUGCAUCGGUUGUGGUAUUUGUGUCAAGAAAUGUCCAUUUGAUGCUAUUACUAUCAUCAAUAUUCCUUCUAACUUGGAGAAACAUACCACUCACCGUUAUUCCAAGAACUCGUUUAAGCUUCAUCGUCUGCCAAUCCCACGGCCAGGGGAAGUGCUUGGUCUUGUUGGCCAAAACGGUAUUGGCAAGUCCACUGCCUUGAAGAUCCUUGCUGGCAAGCAAAAGCCCAAUUUAGGAAGAUAUGCUGAUCCCCCAGACUGGCAAGAGAUUCUGUCUCAUUUCCGUGGUUCUGAACUCCAGAAUUAUUUCACUAAAAUCCUGGAGGAUGACCUCAAAGCCCUCAUCAAACCACAGUAUGUGGACCAAAUUCCCAAGGCUGUGAAAGGAACUGUCGGACAGUUGCUUGAUAAGAAAGAUGAAAGGAAAAACCAAAAAGAAAUAUGUCAAAUGCUUGACCUCUCUCACAUUCGGGAUCGUGAAAUCUCAGCGCUUUCUGGUGGGGAGCUACAACGUUUUGCAUGUGCCAUGGUGUGCAUACAGAAUGGUGAUAUUUUCAUGUUUGAUGAGCCAUCCUCUUAUUUAGAUGUUAAACAACGUCUUAAUGCUGCCCGGACUAUACGUUCACUUAUAGACCCUGACAAGUUUAUUAUAGUGGUGGAGCACGAUUUAUCAGUGUUGGACUAUCUGUCUGACUUUAUUUGCUGUUUGUAUGGUGUUCCUGGUGCUUAUGGUGUUGUGACCAUGCCUUUCUCUGUACGUGAAGGUAUAAACAUUUUCUUGGAUGGGUUUGUGCCCACUGAAAACAUGAGAUUCAGGACUGAAUCUUUAGUAUUCAAAGUAGCAGAAUCUGCUACAGAAGAAGAGAUAAAAAGAAUGAACCACUAUGACUAUCCAGAGAUGACUAAAAGUAUGGGUGAUUUCCAUCUCAAAGUUGUGCAAGGAGAGUUUUCAGACUCUGAAAUCUUAGUGCUACUUGGUGAGAAUGGUACUGGCAAAACUACAUUCAUCAGAAUGUUGGCUGGCAAUCUGGAACCAAAUGAAGGUGCAAAUCAACUGCCGCAGCUACACAUUAGUUAUAAGCCACAGAAAAUAUCUCCCAAGUCACAGGGGCAAGUUCGCAACCUGCUGCACGAUAAGAUAAGAGAUGCUUACACACAUCCACAGUUCAUAACAGAUGUUAUGAAGCCAAUGAAAAUAGAGGAGAUAAUGGACCAGGAGGUGCAGAAUCUGUCUGGUGGUGAGUUGCAGCGAGUGGCUCUGGUGCUAUGCCUCGGCAAGCCUGCUGAGGUCUACCUCAUUGACGAGCCCUCCGCUUACCUGGACUCUGAACAGCGUCUGGUUGCUGCUAAAGUCAUAAAACGGUUCAUUCUCCACGCAAAGCGCACAGGCUUCGUAGUCGAGCACGACUUCAUAAUGGCGACGUAUCUCGCUGACCGCGUCAUCGUGUUCGAAGGCACGCCGUCUUCCAACGCGACGGCCCACGCGCCGCAGUCGCUUCUGAACGGCAUGAACAAAUUCCUGGAACUUCUGGGCAUCACGUUCAGAAGGGACCCCAAUAACUUCCGGCCUAGGAUCAACAAACACUCCUCUGUUAAGGACAUAGAACAAAAAAGGGCAGGCCAGUAUUUCUUCCUGGAAGACUAGACGCGCUACUGUAAAGAAAUUCGCACUAUGUAUAGUUCAAUAUUGUAUAUCAGUACUGUUUAUCUGUCACAAUGUUGAUGGUUGAUCCAUGUAUUUUCAAAUAAUUAUAAAAUGUAUUAUGUACUGUAAUAAAUCGGUUUUAUACAAUA